AUUCAAUAUUGUGCAGCUGUGUUUUUGUCUGCUGAUUGGCGCUCACAGUUAGCGUGUUUGGACAUGUCACACAGGAAAUUCUCUGCUCCGCGUCAUGGUUCUCUCGGGUUUACACCUAAAAAGCGUUGUCGACGCAUCCGAGGGAAAUGCAAGGCAUUCCCACGGGACAGAAGAUCUCUUCCACCUCAUCUGACUGCUUUCAUGGGAUAUAAAGCAGGAAUGACUCACAUUGUUCGUGAAGUUGAUCGACCUGGAUCCAAGGUUCAUAAGCGUGAGGUUGUUGAACCAGUAACUAUAAUGGAGUGCCCACCUAUGGUAAUCGUUGGGAUGGUUGGGUACGCACCAACUGCCAAGGGUUUAAGGACUUUUAAGACUGUCUGGGCAGAACACCUUACUGAAGAAUUCAAACGUCGGUUUUACAAAGAUUGGUGCAAGUCUAAGAAAAGAGCUUUCCUUAAAUCCUCCAAGAAAUGGUUAUGUGAAGCAGGCCUUGCACAGAUAAAGCGUGAUCUGAAAAAAAUCAAAAAGUAUUGUACGGUUGUUCGAGCGAUUGCACACACACAGAUGCGCCUGAUGAAACAUCGUCAGAAGAAGUCACAUAUCAUGGAAAUACAAGUAAAUGGUGGGACUAUUUCACAGAAGGUCGAUUGGAUUCGCCAGCAUUUCGAGAAGCAGAUAUCUGUUUCAAACGUGUUUUCGCAAGAUGAAAUGAUUGAUGUUAUAGGUGUCACUAAAGGUAAAGGUUUUAAAGGCGUUACUUCUCGCUGGCACACCAAAAAGCUUCCUCGAAAAACCCACAAAGGUUUGCGUAAAGUAGCUUGUAUUGGUGCGUGGCAUCCUGCACGUGUAGCAAGAUCAGUUGCUAGGGCUGGUCAAAAGGGUUACUUCCACAGAACAGAGUUGAACAAGAAGAUCUACAGAAUUGGAAUGGGUUUACAAGCUCAACUAGAGGUUGCGAAGGCAGAAGCCUCUAAGGAUGAUAAGGAUAAAAAUGCAGUACCUAAACCUAAAGGCAAUGCGUCCACAGAGUUCGACUUAACGGCUAAAAACAUCACCCCUAUGGGUGGUUUCCCACACUACGGUGAAGUCAGGAACGAUUACGUCAUGAUCAAGGGUUGCUGUAUGGGACCCAGGAAGCGUGUCAUAACACUUAGGAAAACAUUGAUUCCUCAAGUUAAGACACGAUCAAAGGAGAAGAUUGUCCUGAAAUUUAUCGACACAUCAUCCAAGUUUGGUCAUGGUCGGUUCCAGACUCGUGCGGAAAAACAGGCUACUAUGGGUCCUUUGAAAAAGUGUCUAGGACGCGCGAAGGUCGUCGCAUAAAUGUGAUUACUUACAAUAAAAUUAUGGUAGAAAUCGUUUCUUCUUAUUACGCUGUAUCAACAAAUUGGGUCCAUUUUUUAUCUAAACUCCGUAAACUGGCGAUUUGUAUGACGGACAGUGCUGUGUUGUCGUCGCAAGUUAAUUAUGUGCGUAACUUACCUACUUUACCGAUAUACGAUGGCCGGUAUUUUGAAUAAAAAAUGCUUAUUAUUCAUUAUGUUAUAAUCCGUCCGAUAUUCAUUUACUAUCGAUCAGUGAGUUAAGUCUUUCAAAGAGAAAAUGUUUUUUGAAAUGAAAAUUUCGAGUCUUUUC